CGAGUGCAAACGUGGCUGCUGUUUACUUGUCUCGUGACGGGAAGGAUGGUAAGUUUUUGCACCACUACCGUUGUCUCAAAUCUCUCCUGAGCACUAAUCCCAAGGUUGUGAUGUCCUACCAAACCCGACCAAACAAACAGCAGCACCAGGGAAAGCUCAGGUCUUUAUUAGUGUGUAAUGACGACCCGACGAAGGCGUGCGGGGUCUGAGUCUUUUGUGGAGGAGCCAUCAGCCCCUGGAGCACCUGUAUUUCUUAACUCACUCCAGCUCCAGCCAGAUCCACAGCCUCAAUACACACUUUUUCCACAGGUUGUCAUUGGUGGCAAUAACAACGGACCAGAGUGGGGAUCACAGUCAGCUGAGGCAUACUACAAGAAAACUGAUUCAAUAGACCCAAACUAUAGAGGACAGACAGGAGAGGUACAGAACUCGCAUAUCAAUCAUUCUUGGUCUUCCCCUCAGCUGCAAGCAUCCAAUCUCCCACCUCAGAAUUACUCCCAUUGGUCAUCAGGAAACUUGUAUCAGCCUGCUGUAGAGGAAAGUGAGAUGGCAGCCCGUGACCGUACACAGGAGUUCAGUCGUAUUGUGCGCUCCCAGCAGGGCAGCAGCUUCAAUGGUUCUGUGCCUCAUCGAGACAGCAAGAGGCCAAGAGACUUGCGACAGUAUCAAGAUUUUAUGCAGAGAUCUAGAUUAAUAGGAAGAAAUAUAUCUAGCACCUACGCCAAAUUGGAAAAGUUAACUCAUUUGGCCAAGAAGCGGUCAUUGUUCGACGAUAGUCAUGACCACGAGAUUCAUGAGCUGACCGGUAUCAUCCGACAUGACCUCUCAUCCUUAACCAAGCAGUUAAGUGAUCUGCGCACUCGCUCCAUGGCUGCCUCUCAGGGGGGUAGUAGUGUCCACCAACAGAAGCAUUCCUCCAACCUGGUGGGAACACUUCAGACUAAGGUUGCAUUCAUUACACAAAAGUUCAAGGAUGUAUUGGAAGUCCGAACUGAGAAUUUAAAGAAGCAGGCAGAGCGCCGUGACCACUUCACAGGUGGAGUAGUAAGUGGUGAGCUUCCUCCAGCAGCCAUUGCAGGCCACCAUCAGGGCUCAGUAUUAGUGGCAGAUGAGGCAGCAGCAGUAGCUCAUAACCCUGGCAGAGAACUAACCCGCACUGGAGGUGGAGAGGUAGCAAUCAACUUAGACAGUGGCAAUGCAUACCAGCAGCAGUUGCAGUUGAUGGAAGAACAGGACACCUACCUUCAGAGUCGAGCUGACACUAUGCGCACCAUAGAGUCUACAAUUGUGGAAUUGGGACAGAUGUUCACCCAGCUGGCCACCAUGGUUAAAGAACAAGAAGAAUUGGUGCAUAGAAUUGAUGCGAAUGUGGAUGAAGCUGAGAUGAAUGUGGAAGCAGCCCAUCAUGAAAUUCUCAAAUACUUUAAGGCUAUUUCAUCUAACAGGAUGCUAAUGAUCAAGGUGUUUGGGAUAAUGAUUGUCUUCUUUGUAAUUUUUGUUGUCUUUAUGGCCUGAGGAUUGUUAUAUUAUAUCCACAAUUAUAUAAUUAAAAUUUA